AUACUUUGACCACUUAACCACUAUUACUCAUUCACCUAUCAAACUGAGAGUUCACUUUAUGUACGUUAACUAGGCAGAGCUGAGGUCUACAGGAUUGGGUACUCUCUGUCUACCUCUCAAGGUCCCAGACUCGGAACCGGCUGUACACAACGAGAUAUCACAUUUCUUGGUGCCGAUUUGCCGGGAAGCGCUCAGCGUUGAGUUGAUGUUGAGUGUUCCGAAGCAGUUUCCGAAGCACCUUCAGAACUUCAAGUUCAACCUCCUCCUUCAACCUCUUCCACCACUUAGAUGGCACCCCCUUGCCCACCAUUCAGAGAGCCAAAUGAACAUCCCAAUGAAGAAGCAUAUUUCGACCACCUAACCGAUCUGAUGGCAUGGUUCCACCUCUGGGGCUACUCUGGCACUCAACACCUCCAGGCUGUCAUACCACCAAGCGAUACUGCCCGGGUCGAGCGGGCUCAUCGAAUGGCAUUAAUGCAGUUCAAUCAAGAUCCCAUUGUGGGAAAUGGUGCACUUCCCUCCACGCCUGAACACUGUCGGGCAUAUUUUGAGAGGUGCAAAGAGAUGAGCACCCGUCCAAUGAGAAAUGCAGUCGACGCUGUGAUUCGAGUUAACUAUGCCAUGGCCUACAUUCAAAUCCUGCUUGUGCAGCUGGAUGGUCGCCAUCCUGGCGAUAUGGAUAUUUUACUUCGCAUUCUGAAUACUGCCAAACAAAAAAGUGCAAUAAUCUGCCUUGACGACGUGGAUCCUUCUCUGACUGUCGCCCAAGGAAAUCUUAUCAAGCUGCUUGAUCGUCUCGGUGAGAAGUUCACAUAUUGGGAUGAUGCAUUACAAGAGGUCAUAGAGUGUGAGAUUGCGAAUGGCGGGGGAGACGUCAUUGGCGAAGAAUGGUUCGCAAUCAACAAGACUACGGGAGGCCAAACUGAUGACGACGUUGUCACGGCCAAACAACUGGAGGCUUUAUUAUCAUGUCAGAUCUGACGGUUUAUCGCUCAGUGAAUUCUUUAUACCCUUGUUUGUGUUGUGUUUGUUUGCUGUUCCAUUUACUCUCUUUUAUUCGCUGUCUCUACGUCCUUGAUGUUUGUAUCUCGUUAUUUUUCUCAUGAUGUUUAACUGGAUGAGUCGCAGGACCCAUGGCCAGAACCAUGCCUCUCCCAUGACAUCAUCCGCGUCAUUAACGUUCUCGCACUGAACAAUAUUUUUCAAGAGAGAAUUGUACUAUGUAAACAUCAGGUAAAUGUAUUAUCGACAAGUUGAGGAGUUUAUCAAGAGCAACUUCUUGUCGAGCU